AUGCCCUUUGGUCUGAGGAACGCCACUCAAACCUUUCAGCGAUUCAUUGAUCAGGUUCUGCGAGGUCUCGACUUCGUCUACGCCUACAUUGAUGAUUUGCUGGUGGCUAGUUCUGACGCUGCUGAACACGAGAUUCAUCUUCGACAGCUCGACUCCUACGGCGUUAUCAUCAAUGCCGCCAAAUGUGAGUUUGGAGUCCCCAGUCCUAUCUUUCUUGGUCACGAAGUGAACUCAGAUGGGAUAAAGCGUCAAGGAGCAAUGCGGCCAGGGCUCCACCUGUAGAGGGCGAGUAUGUAAAAGCAGUUUGUGUGAUUUGGAAGCGGGAAAAUAUGAAGGAACUAGUGAGGUAAAAUCAUCUCUUUCCCAUUUGCAGGCGAGGACGCAGAGACAAGUGCCUCAGUCAAUAUUUUGCCAACGGAAGGACAGCGUUGAAUUUCUCUGAACUAGCCUCGCCAACCAUAUUGACAUUUUUCCAUUUUUGUCCUAUUUUAUAUACAUCGCUAUCUUUUUCUUGCUCACUUCCCUCCUGUUUUCCGGGCGUGGAAUAUAUUUAUUCCUUAACCAAGGACUUCUGACACGUACCCUGUCUGUGUGGAGCCUGUUACUGGAAUUAUGAGCGUCGUCCUGUAGUAUCCUAAUUCUACGACAGACUACGGAACGUUUUCAGGAGCAGCUCCUGGUCCAACGACAACAAUAACUGCACGGCCGUCUAGGUCACCUAAGGGCGAGUGUUCCUCGCCUACAGCAUUUAAUCAUUCACGCUGAACACAGCACAUUUCUGUGGCUAACCCUCAAAAUCUACCAUUAUAUGCUUCCUCACACGGUCAAAACUUUCGUUUCCAAAACAAAUUGAUACGGAAAUUGACGACACUUUCGGUGAGUUUGCAAAUCGUCCAUGCUCUCUUAUUACAGGAAAAGGAGCACGAAUUUAUUCGUUUUCUGCAUGUUACUGCUCAGUUUAGAAACAUAUCAACGUCCUUCCAGCGACAGUGCUAUCGUAGUUCUAUGACCCGCUAUGAUUUCCUUUGCAGGUCUGAUGGACCGUUGAUCUGUUGCACGUCGUAUGCGUUUACCUUAUUUUUUUCAUGUCAGUUUAACAGCUUUGAAAUCUCUCACAGUCAUUGAUCCCUCUGUCCGUACCUGCCGAUGUUCUAACGUGCAUUAGAAGGCAACACCUUCAAAUGUGUUUGCCUGCAGGUGUCUUGGCAACAAUUGUAGCUGGUGGGUAAGACUCAUCCUGCACAAACCACUGAGUUGUGGUCUUCAUUAGUAGACCAUGUUUUAGUAUGUGGACGAGAUUGGAACUUCAGUUUCUGACUGCGUUUUGUUCGGUGGUCAGCGCUGUAUGAAAGAAGGGAGACUAGUGCUAGGACUCUGCCUUGAGACUGACGCUAAAUUUGACUGGUCAUGCUUUCUCGGGGAGAUGUGCAAGGUUAUUAUAGCCAGACGACAUCCUAUAUGGACGGACUUGUGGGUGCCUUUCAAUGUGCUUAGGGCUAACAACGGCACCCAACCACAUUUUAGGCAGUCAACUCACAUCUCGCGUUGAGACCGGGCUACAUAUGCUACCACCACUACACUGGUUUAUUGAAGGUGGAUAGUUCAAUUGGGACCCCAGAAAUCACUUGCUUCUGCAACGCUGAGCAUUCACUUCCAGAGACGUGAACGAAACUCCUCCAUCCCCUACAAGGCAUCCUCCCUGUCCUAUUGCCUAGCGCAUAGGAUAAGUAUAAGAAAAGUAGUUGAUAUUUUGCAGUCUCAGAAGGUCGCUCUGUGUUACUAUGUGAAACAGUAAGUACGUGCGUAUGUAGGUUUGGCAUGUUUAUUUAGCAAAUUGUCCUUUUCCCGUUGUUUCUUUCUUGUAGGUAUUCUAGGGCCAACCAUGUACAAUGAACUCGUUCCAGCUAUAUGUUCAGCCAGAAUUCCCAUCCUAGCAGUUGCAGGACACUCAAGGUAGAGUUUCAAGUCAGCUUAAAUGUGCUUAUGCUUUCAAACGUGUGUACUUUGCUUACAUGUCACGUUCGGACUUGGGAUGUAAAUCGUGGCUGGGCUUUGCUGUAAAAUUAGACGAUUCACUCUGCGUAGUUCUUAUGAAAUAAACAACAGUUUCUAACAGUUAACUAGAGUAGAUAUUACAAAGAGUGAAAUUAUGCACUUUAGCACUCCGAAUACUUCGGACCAUUAAGCCUAAAAUAAUUUUGCCCAUGUUGUGUAGAAGGGGGACCAUAACAAUGAAGAUCUGGGCCAGGGCUUCAAAUUGCAGUUCCGGUGGGGUUCGAAGGGCAAGCAAUUUGUGAGCGGAUAAGCAUAAUUCAGUUUGCUUUGUGGUUUAUUUGUGAUCCGAGGCCUUAUCAAUGCUAUAAAACAAUUGGUCUUCUUUUAGCUAAGCAGUAUGAACCACAUUUCGGACGUUCUACCUUGUUUAAGAAAUACUUCGUGUGGAAUACAUAGAACCGAUUUCUGCCGUCACCUAUUUUGGUUUUGAGUUAGAAUACAGUGCUGGUAGUUUAUCUUCCUAGAUUAUAUUUCAUUAAAGGCGGUGUAAGGAAGGCCUUCUGAUAUAUUACAAUAUUCAGGAGUAGACAGUUGUGAACAGUCCUUCAGUUUAUCUGCUAGCAUUUUGUUACGCACAGUCGCCCACAGAGGAGGAGUGAUUGGACGGAUACCCGGUAUAUGCGGGUCUUCGUGGCGAUAGCGAUGUCAGGUCCCGUCCAACUACGCUUUCUAAUGGCUGUAAAAACCCGACGAACAGCAUGCAAUCAUGAGACGAUGCCAUCCUUACUCUUCCUUUCUUCCUUAGUUUAAUAGCCAUUAAUCCUGAGGGAUGCCUUCUUCCUUAUUUCGCCCAGUGGCUCCAGAGCUGUUCUUUGCACUGCUUCCUCUCUAGCUGUAUCCACAGGCUACUUAUCAUUCUACACAUUAGCCACCCUCCUGAUGGACCCCAGACCUUAUUUAUCACACUCUUUCUCCUCCGAGAUUGUUUCGUAGGGAUAUUGAACCAUGGCUAA